AAUAAUGCCAUAGUUCAUUAAUACUAAGAAAUGGAGCUGUUAGCAUCCACUCAUGCUGCUGUUUGGCUGCUCUUCUGUCUGGGAUCUCUCACUGGGACUAAGGAAGGGAAGCUUAUGGUAGUGCCUAUGGAUGGCAGCCACUGGCAAAGUCUGAAAACUGUAGUAGAGAGGCUGGCACACAAUGGGCAUCAGAUUAUAGUUAGUUUGUUACACAACAAGCAGUUGAUCCAGGACCUGCAGGAGGAGACGUUUGAUGCAGUGCUUAAUGAUCCAGCAUUUUAUUGCGGGGUGAUAAUCGCAGAGUACCUUAGGGUACCUUCGAUCCAUUUUUUGAGGGGGCUGGCUUGUGAAUAUGAAUAUAUAAGUGCUCAGGGUGAGAGCCCCCUUUCCUUUGUUCCCAGAUGAAUUUUGUGCAGCGUAUAAGAAAUGCAUUUGUCAAGAUGGCUUGGUCCAUUAUUUGUAAGGUAGCAUUUCAAGACUGGGAUCGUAUGGCCUCAGAAUUCCUACAGAGAGAGGUAACUACUUUACAGCUGCUCAGCAGAACUUCUGUCUUUCAGUAUCCACGGCCCGUGAUGCCCAACAUGAUAUUUAUAGGGGGCAUCCACUGUGCAGUAAGAGAGCCACUUUCCCAAUUAUGCUCAAUGCUGCUCAGUCCUUCCUGCCUCCUGUUCCAAAUCAUAGCCCCUUAACAAGCACAACAAUCUUGUUUUCCUUGGGAUCCUCUUGUUGAAGCCAAUGGGGAUCCCACGACAUCACCUUCCUACUGCUGCUGUUGGACACCCGGGAGGAGGAUGAAGAAGAGCUGGAGAAGGAGAUGGAGGCAG